AUGACUAUCGAAUUCACCGUAUUCAAGGGCUCCAAGGAGGGGACCAUCAAGGAAGCCAAGACUCAGCGUGAUGAUCUGCAGAGAGACGAUGUGCUCGUUCGGGUCACACACUCUGGAGUCUGCGGCACGGACCUUCAUUACCAGGGCGCCGACAUGGCUCUCGGCCACGAAGGAACCGGCGUGGUCGAAGACGUCGGCCCUGAUGCUCAUAUUUUGAAGAAAGGCGAUCGCGUAGGAUGGGGCUAUGAGCACGAUUGCUGCGGCCACUGCCGACCAUGUCUGACUGGUUGGGAGACCAUGUGCAGACAGCGAAAAAUGUACGGAAGCGCCGAUUUGGACCAAGGCUCAUUCGCUACUCAUGCCGUCUGGCGCGAGGCGUUCUUGUUCAAGAUCCCCGAGAACAUGAGCAGCCUGGACGCGGGGCCCUUGAUGUGUGGUGGAUCCAGUAUGUAUACCGUCUCGGGUCGUCCUUCAACGCUAACGCGAUUCACAGCCGUGUUCAAUGCGCUGCACGUCGCCGGUGUUCGGCCGACCGCCCGUGUGGGUAUCGUUGGCGUGGGUGGUCUGGGCCACCUUGCUAUUCAGUUCGCGGCGCGCAUGGGUUGCCAGGUGAUCGUGUUCUCCGGUACCAACAGCAAGGAGGAAGAAGCGAAGAAACUCGGUGCUGCGGAGUUCUAUGCCACCAAGGGAGCUAAGGAACUCAAGAUCAAGGCGCCCAUCGACAACUUGAUUGUGACCACUAGCAGUCAGCCCGAUUGGCCACUGUAUCUGUCCAACAUGAGUCCCAACGGAGUCAUCUCUCCGCUGUCCGUCGAUGCCAAUGACCUGAAGAUCCCAUACAUGCCCUUGCUUGUCAAUGGCCUGCGGAUUCAGGGAGGCAUUGUGUCUUCGCGCCAGGUGCACCGGGACAUGUUGGAAUUCGCUUCUUUCCACAAUAUCAAGCCUAUCACGAUGACUUUCCCCAUGACACUGGAGGGCGUGCAGGAGAGUGUGAACACUUUGAAAGACGGCAAGAUGCGUUACCGCGGUGUGUUGGUAGCAUAA